AUGCACGACGUCAGCGGCGCGCCGGGCAAACGUCUCGUGACAAAUCAUUUCCCUGCGCCACCAAAGAGCGCUUCGCUCCCGCGCGGCGGACGGGCGGCGCACGUGUGGGCGUGCAGCACAGGAGACGCGCGGCGAGAGCGUGAGCAGCAGCGACUGCGGGGAGAGAGCUGGCAGAACGCGAGCGCGACGUGGGAUGUUUGGGGCCGACCGGAAGCACGCGAGAUCGAGGCGGCGAUUGUGCGCAUCAUGAAGACGCGCAAGACGCUCGACCACCAGAAGCUCGUGCUCGAGGCGUCGACGCAGCUGAUGCGCCACUUCAAGCCCGACCCGAGGCAGAUCAAGAAGCGCAUCGAGGACCUCAUCGCCCGCGAGUACCUCGAGCGCGACGCCUCGAACUCCACCGUCUACAAGUACCUGGCCUGA